AUGAAGAAUUACAAAUAUGGUUUGAGAAGAAAGCUUCGGAAAUUGAAGAAGAAAACAACUGGAUGGUUCGAUAUUCCAUAUGAAAUGCGAAAAAGUGUUAUUUCUUAUAUGGACACACGAUCAAAAGGUCUAUUUUCUUGCUGUUCAAAAUUGUGUUAUGAAGAAGUUAUGGAAUCGACUGAUUAUAUUAAAGAAAUCGAAUUCUCAGAUAGCACGUCUGGAUCAGCAAUACGUUUUCGUUUCUUUGACGACUCACACAAUUUUGAAUUAUGGUUUUUGGAUGAAUGCGAAGAUAGGAAUAAUAUUAUUAUUGAGGGUCAUUCGUGAGUUUUUCGAGUUUGGUUUCAUAAAAAUAUAAAUUUUUAGAGAAGCAUGUGAAUAUGAAUGGAUAAUAAGAAAAACAUGUGAUGUCAGGAAAAUGGCAAUUGAUUGUAUGAACCGAAUCAUUGGAACCUGCAUCAAUUUAAAAUCAUUUGUAUUCAAUCCAGAUACUCCGGUAAAUAAGUCAAAAUUAAUCACCGAUAAUUUCUCUGUUUUCAGCAUAGCUAUCUUUUUGACAACUUCGGAAUCAAGCAUUUGAAAAAAUUGGAUUCUCUUCGAGUUUUUCAAAGAUGGACACCGAUUGAUUUGGUUGAAAAUGGAUUUGUUUCUCUUGAAAUGGUUUGUUUUGCAGAUUUUCGAAAAUGAAAAAUAACAUAUUUUUCAGCUUUACAAAAUGAAAUGUGUCAUAAAAUUGCAUGCCAAUCUGAAUUUGGAACAACUCCUCAAAUUGUCGGCGCGAAAAAUUCGACUGCUAGGAAUGAAAAUCGAUUCGGAAGCUUUGAAUGUUUAUUGCAAGAUGGUUCAAGCCGGGAAGCUCAAUGAGAAUAUCAAGAAAUUGAAGUUGGAUAUGGAUAAAGAUCAUUUGUUGGAUCCAAAAAAAGUUGUGGCGGGUUUGAAUACUGUUCAAAAACAUGAAAUGUGAGUUUGCAGUAAGAUUGCCACGUCAUAAUAAUCCACUUUUUCAGAGAAAACGAUAUAAUCUCGUUUGAAAUGAGUUUCGAAACAAGACCGGAUCGAUAUGCUAUGAUUCGAAUCGAGCCGAAAUCUUUUCUUAUGAUUAUUCGACUCGAAGAGCGUAGAUAUGAGUAUAGGGAAACUUUGGAUUUUGAUGACCAUUUUCCCGAUGUUAUGCGGUCUGAUUCUUUUUUAAACCAACCUGCGUUUCUGACAGAUGAAAAUCGAUGGACACAAUCUGAUGAUGAAUUUUAG